AUGGCCGAGUGGUCUAAGGCGCCAGACUCAAGGUUCAGCACCUUCCACAAGGGGCCGCGUGGACACGGAGGGGCCACCGAGGGGCCGGCGGGAGAGACGUCCCAGGCGGCCGGUGACAGCUGCAUCGCCUGCGUCACCUGCAUCACCAGCCGUCUCACCCGAAUCACCUGCAUCAUCACCUUCAGCACCACCAACAUCCUCCGCAUCAUCUCGACCGGCAGCGGGAACAACAGAGACCCAGUUGCUGGGGGCGAUCGGCCACCCGCUGCCCCGGCAGCUCCGCGGCCCCACGCACACCCCCCGGGCGGCCCGUCUCAUGCUCUCAUGGGUCACGUGUCGCUCGCCUCGCUGCUCGUCUGCCUCUGGCUGCUGGGGGGGGGGCACGGCGGGCUCGGCGGGCUCGGGGAGACCCUGGGGGAGCUGCACUCCGAGUUCGCCGUGAGCCUCUACCAGUCGCUCUCGGCAACGGACAACGACUCGAACCUGAUCCUGUCGCCCCUCAGCGUGUCCGUGUCCCUGGGGCUGCUGCAGUUCGGAGCCAGGGGCAGGACUCUGGUGCAGCUGGAGGAGGCGCUCAAGUACGAUGCCAACGAUGUGGAAGCUCGGGACUUCCUGCUCCGGGUGCAAGGCGACGUGGGAAACUCCAGCCAGAGUGCGGCAGUGCGGGUGGCGUGCGGUCUCUUCAUUCAGCGAGGGACGCCGCUCUGCCCGGCCUUUACCCAGCAUGCCUUGCUGUGGGGCGAUAGCAGUGUCAUGCACACCAACUUCAGCCGCCCUAAUGAGACACGCGGCCAGGUUGAGCAGUGGGUCCGCAGCCACGACGAUGGUAAGCGGCACCCACACUCUUCCCAACCAACCCAUGUGGGGCAACUCCUCGGGAUGGGCGGAGCCACCGGGCGACCCGGUCAGGUGGGCCGAGCACAGAUGGCACUGGUGAGCACGGUGGCUUUCCGGGGCACUUGGCAGAAACAGUUCCAGCACGCGGAAACGCAGAGCCUGCCCUUCACCCUCGCCGACGGCACCGUCUCCAAGGUACCCAUGAUGUACCAGGCCACGGACGUCCUCUUCGGCCAGUUCCACAUGUCAGGUACUCCGGAGCACCGGUACACCGUGCUGGAGCUGCCCUACCUCGGGGGGUCCGUCGGCCUGCUGCUGGUCCUGCCCGGCGACAGGAAGAUCCCGCUGUCUCACCUGGAGCCACAGCUCAGCGCUCGCACCCUGGCCACGUGGGAGGCGGGGCUGCGCAGGACCAAGAUGGACGUCUUCCUGCCCAGGUUCAGGAUCCAGAAGAGGGUUGACCUGAGGUCGGUGCUUUCCUCGCUGGGCGUCUCGGACAUCUUCGAUCCAGCUGUAGCCGACUUCAGGGGGAUCUCAGCGGAAGAGGGGCUCUACGUGUCGCAGGCUGUCCACGAGGCCAAGGUGGAGGUCACCGAGGACGGCACCAAGGCGGGGGCUGCCACGGCGAUGGUUCUGCUCAAACGCUCGCGGGCUCCCGUGUUCAAGGCCGACCGGCCCUUCCUCUUCUUCCUGCGACAAGUCAGCACAGGGUCCAUACUGUUCAUGGGACGCGUGGCGAAUCCUGCGGAGCAGCUGCUGUGAACCCAUCCCCCACCCCCUGCCGACCGCCACUGGUGCUCGAUAGCAGCAGCCGAGGGACACUGCUUCAGCAAGAGGGAUACUCGCUUUGUACAUAUCUGUAAAUAAACUGUUUUUUCUAUUUGUAGGACACUUUUCU